AUGCAGCCGCAAAAGGAGGCAGCGGCCUCGGCCUCGGUGCCGGCCAAGCAAGCCUUGGCUCCGAGACAAGACACAAAGAGCCAUGGCCCUUCAAUUCGGUAUCCCUUCUGGUUUGGAGGGUCUGCGAGUUCUAUGGCGGCGUGCGUAACGCACCCAUUGGAUCUAGUGAAGGUACGGCUGCAGAUGCGCUCCGGCGACAUGCCCAAAUCCAUGCUAGGUACAUUCAAAUACAUCAUACGCAACAACGGCGUCCUGGGCCUGUACAAUGGCUUGUCCGCGUCCCUCCUCCGCCAGCUCACAUACUCGACCGUCCGAUUCGGCAUAUACGAGGAGCUCAAGAACAACAUGACGCAACGAAACGGCGGCAAGCAGCCCUCCUUCCCCAUCCUCGUCGCGCUAUCUUCGGGGGCAGGCUUCAUAGGCGGAAUCUCAGGGAACGCGGCCGACAUCUGCAACAUCAGGAUGCAGCACGACACGGCCCUGCCCCCUGACCAGCGGCGGAAUUACAAGCACGCUCUCGACGGCAUGCUGCGCAUGGCCAGGGAGGAGGGCCUCAUGAGCUGGUUCCGCGGCGUGCUACCCAACAGCAUGCGCGCCGCCGCCAUGACGGCCAGCCAGCUGGCGAGCUACGACACCUUCAAGAAGCUGUUGAUAGGGUACACCCCCAUGUCGGACAACCUCGCUACCCACUUCACGGCCUCUUUCAUGGCAGGUGUGGCGGCCGCGACAGUGACCAGUCCCAUAGAUGUCAUCAAGACGAGGAUAAUGUCCCAGAGUGGAAAGAGCGUGGGCAUCGGGACGCUGCUGAAGGAUAUCACUGCCGCCGAGGGACUGGGGUGGAUGUUCAAGGGCUGGGUUCCCAGUUUCCUGAGGCUUGGACCGUGA